AUGUGUGGCGGCAUAAUUAGAAAUGGAUGACAGACUCAUGUUUUCUAACCUAAUUGAAUUCAAAUAAAGUAAUUGCAGUAAAUCCCAUGGAUUUAAUAAAUAUUUUAUUUUAUUUCCAAACUAAAUAAGUUAAAAUUUAAUAAUAUUGUAAUUUAAAUAAAAAUAUAGUUAUAUUACAAAUUUUGUAAUGUGAAGUAUUACUGUUUGAUUAAUUUUAAACAGAUAAUAAAUGAUAACCAUGCAAGAGAAUACACGUGUAUCACCACGGGUUUUUACUGCAAUACAAAAUGUAGACAUACCUGUUUUAGCUGUGUGUUCUCACAAAGAAAUACGUCCAAUUUUACCAUGUUUAGUUCGAAUGAGUCUUAUAUCUCCAUUGGACGUAACGAAAGAAUGUGUAGAACAGAGGAAACAGGUUCUGACAAUUCUAUCUGGUAUUGAAUCAGUAAAUUCAAUAAUUGCAUUGCUUUCAAUUGACUUUCAUGCAUUGGAAACAGAUGUCCGGAAAGAACAACAAUUAAGGCAAAAGAUGGGAAGUUUGCAAAGGGACAGUGUACUUGCUCAGUCAUUGCAAAGUGGCCUUGCUUUAGAAUUUGAACGCAGUGAAUCUACUAGAAGAAUAAGAUUAGUUCUAAGUGAACUAUUGUAUAUAGCUUCUCAAGUACAGGAACAACAGAAAAACCAGGAAUUUCAGAUUAAACAAUCUGAUUUAUUUGAUAAUGCAGUUUACAUGGAAGAGAUUAGUUAUGUGAUUUGUGUGGCAUUAUCAGAGUUGCCCACAGUAUUAUCAAUAUUGGAUAUUGCAGAAACAUUAUUACAUGUUAAAUAUGGCCCAGAAAUAAUUUGUUGGAUAGUUGCCAAUAUCCCUGAUAGUUUCUCUGAAGUUUGUGCACAUUUAAUAGCUAAUGGAGAAAGACAAGAAGAAUCAGCAUUAGGCAGGAUUAGAACAAUGGCUUUGACAAUGUUGUGUCAAAUGAAUCCAAGUCAAGCAUUAGCAGUAAGAGCCAAAUGUGUAGAACUUUGUAGAAUGCCUGCUUUAGCAAUUACAUUAAGCUUGGAACAUGAGAAUAUAAAUAAUUCAUUAGCAGAAAGUGAUAUAGUUGCCUUUGUGUCAGGAUUAUUACUUGGUAGUGAUCAACAAGUAAGAACAUGGAUUGCAAUGUUUAUUAGAAAUGGUCAGAAACGUAAAUGGGAAUCUCAUACAGCAUUACAAUCUUUAAGAGAAGAACUACUUAAACGAUUGCAAACAAUAACAUCUCAAAAUGCAGGUCAAUUACUAGAAAGUCAAGUUGUGCAAGCCAGUGCAUUGUUACGUCUUUAUUGUGCAUUAAGAGGCAUUGGAGGUAUUAAAUUCCAAGAUGAUGAAGUAGCAAUGAUAGUACAGUUGUUAACAUCUCAUCCUCCUCCAUCGCCAGCUGGUGUGAGAUUUGUUUCGUUAGGUCUUUGUAUGCUUAUUGCAUGUUCUUCAUUAAUAGGUCACCAUAAUCUUGAAAAACGAAGCAUAGAAUGGGUGCAAUGGCUUGUACGUGAAGAAGCUUAUUUUGAAAGUGCCAGUGGUGUAACAGCAAGUUUUGGAGAAAUGUUACUUUUAAUGGCAAUACAUUUUCAUAGCAAUCAACUGUCAGCUAUUUGUGAACUUGUAUGUGCUACAUUGGGAAUGAAAAUACCAAUUAGACCAAACAAUUUAACUAGAAUGAAGCAAAUUUUUAUGCAAGAGAUAUUCACUGAACAGGUUGUUACUUCUCAUGCUGUAAAAGUACCAGUAACAGCCAAUUUAAAUGCAAAUAUUCCAGGAUUUUUACCUGUACAUUGUAUUCACCAAUUGCUUAAGUCAAGAGCAUUUGCUAAACAUCGAGUACCGAUAAAAAAUUGGAUUUAUAAACAAAUUUGCAACAGUGUGCCACCAUUGCAUCCAGUUCUUCCUGCUUUAGUUGAAGUAUAUGUCAAUUCAAUUUUAGUAACAAAUAACAAAACAUCAGAACAUACAAAUAAACCAAUUACUGAAGAUGAAAUUAGAAGAGUAUUUCAAAAUAGCGUAUUUGGUGCAAAUUUUGAUUUUAAGAAAAAUAUCAAUAGUGUCCCCAAAAAUGAAAUAGAUAAUAUGGAUAUUGACAUUUCAAAACCUUCUCUUACAUCACAAUUACUAUUGUUAUAUUACUUAUUGCUAUAUGAAGAUGUUAGAUUAUCUAAUAUGCAUACUUUUAUAUCACAAGAUAGAAAAGUUAAGUCAUAUUCAACUGAAUUUUUAUCAGAGUUGCCAAUAAAAUAUCUACUUCAGUUGGUUCAAAGGGAUCAAAUGAAUUAUGCUGGAUUAUUUUCACCUCUUCUCAGAUUACUAGCAACACAUUUUCCUCAUCUUUCAUUAGUAGAUGAUUGGCUUGAUAAUGAAAUGAUUAACAUUGACUCUACAGUAACAAAUUAUGAAGAUGUGAAAAUUACUGAUAUCAUGAUUAUUGAAACAUUUUCUCAUAUUCAAACAUGUCCCUCAAGAACAGGAAGACUCUUAAGACAAUUAAUGUCAAUGAAACCGACUGACAUUUGGCCACAUGCUGAAAUUAUAAUUCAUUAUUUCAAAGCAACUAUAAGUCCAAGAGUUCCUAGAUACAUUCAAGAAUUGUACAAACAAGUAUGGCUUAGAUUAAAUACAGUUUUACCAAGAUGUUUAUGGGUUUUAUCAAUAAAUGCUUUAUUGAUAGAAAACUCUCUUGUAAAAAAUGUGUUUUUAACACAAGAAAAUAUUGUAUUAGAUCCUUUACAAGUAUUGAGAUGUGAUACAAGAGUUUUUAGAUGUGCUCCAAUUUUGUCUGUUAUUUUAAGAAUUUUACAAGCUGCAUUAGCAGCUUCUCGAUCUCAGUUAUCUAGACAUAUACAGGACAAACCACUAACAGAAAAAAUUGGUCAGUUAUCAAGUGAAGCUGAAAGAGAAGAUUUAAGAAUAGCAUUAGUGGCAGGUCAAGAAAGUGCUGCUGUACAAAUAUUAUUAGAGGCGUGUUUAGAAACAACAGAAGAUAGAGAAACCCCUGGACAGAUGUGGUCAUUAAGAGAAAUACAAAGUAUAAUCUGUUCAUAUUUACAUCAAGUAUUUAUAGCAGAUCCAUCAUUAGCUAAAUUGGUCCAUUUUCAAGGUUAUCCAAGAGAAUUAUUACCUAUUACAGUUGCUGGUAUUCCAUCUAUGCAUAUUUGUCUUGAUUGGAUUCCUGAAUUAUUAUCACAACCAGAACCAGAAAAACAAAUAUUUGCUGUAGAUUUAGCUUCACAUCUUGCAAUUCAAUAUGCUUUACCAAAAGCUUUAAGUGUUUCUCGUUUAGCUAUUAACACUUUAAUUACACUCUUAGGAGUAUUAUCUGCUAAAGAUCGAGUGAUUUUAUUUAUGCCUGUAUUAUCAGCAUUAACGCGUAUAUGUUUAGCUUUUCCACCAUUAGCUGAGGAUACUAUAGGUUUACUUUUACAACUUGGUAGAGUUAAUUCUGCACAAGCAGCAUUGGGAGAUAAAUCUGCAGACAUUUUAUGUCAGGAAGUGAAUGAAACCUUUUGUAUGUUAUUACAAAAAGCAAUAUUGCAAUCACAAGUAUAUUGAAA